GAGAGCUGUAGGUUGUAAGUAAAAGUAGAAAAAUUAGAAAGAGGAGUUCCAUUGUUUCAGCAACACGAAAGCUUGGAAAAGAAAGAGAAAAGAGAAAUGGAUCCACAGUUAACCGAAGUGUCGCAGCUAUUCGAGCGAUUCAAAGCUGCAUUUAUCAGAAAUGAUUACGACUCCUGCGCCAAUCUCCUUUCUCAACUCAAGGUGUUGCUGACAAAGUUUAGGAGCCUUCCUCCGUUGUUCGAAAAUACACCUAACGCGGUUAAUGAAUUGCUGUUAGCAAGGGAAAUUUAUGAGCAUGCUGUUGUCCUUAGUGUGAAGAUUGAGGAUCAAGAUGCCUUUGAAAGGGAUUUCUUCCAGUUGAAGCCCUAUUAUACUGAUGCUGGUAGCCGCCUUCCGCCAUCCCCUCAAGAGUACCCGAUUUUAGGUCUUAAUCUCUUGAGACUUCUUGUCCAGAAUAGGAUUGCUGAGUUCCAUACUGAAUUGGAGCUGCUUUCAGCCACUGCUUUAGAAAAUCCUUGCAUCAAGCAUGCUGUGGAGCUGGAGCAAUCGUUUAUGGAAGGGGCUUACAACCGUGUGUUGAGUGCCAGACAGACUGCACCACAUGAAACUUAUGUUUAUUUCAUGGAUCUCUUGGCAAAAACAGUGAGAGAUGAAAUAGCUGGAUGCAGUGAGAAGGCAUAUGAUUAUCUUUCAAUUGAUGAUGCCCGACAGAUGUUGCUGUUCUCAUCUGAUCAAGAACUUUUGGAGUACAUCAAAGAGUUGCAGGAGCAUCCUGACUGGGAGGUGAAGAAUGGAUUUGUCUUUUUCCAGAAGGCCAAAGAAUCUGCGCCAUGCAAGGAGAUUCCAUCCCUGCAACUGAUCAACCAGACUCUUAGUUAUGCAAGGGAGUUGGAGCGGAUUGUCUAGGGAAGUUGCUGUAAUGAUUGCUUUCCCUCCUGCUUAUGGCACUCAAUAUCACUUGACAUCAAUUCUGUGAUUGUGGAUUUUACUUUCUACAUCCAUUAUGAAACUUAAAGUUGUUGAGAUUUCAUUUUUCAAAUUCUUUACAUUAGUGGCACCAAAUUGCUAGGAUUACAACAGGGAAUGGACCUCCCCUUUCGUUUUCCUGCCUGGCAGGUUGUUUUGUGUAAACUUUUUAAUCAUCUUGUGAUUUAAAGAGCAGUCUGAUGAUUGAUAUGUUAAAA